AUGGCAGCGGCGCCCAUCAACCGCAUCCUGACGGGGCUGGCGGUGGCCGACCUGCUCGUCACGCUGGAGUACGUCCCGUUCGCCUGCCACAUGUACGUGGCGCUGCCCGCGCGCCACAACUACCCGUGGGCCGUCUACAUGCUGUUCCACGCGUGCUUCACGCAGGUGCUGCACACCAUCUCCAUCUGCAUCACGCUCACGCUCGCCGUCUGGAGGUACCUCGCCAUCAGGUAUCCAGACCGGACGCACGCUCUCUGCACGCAGCAGCGCAGCCACGUGGCCAUCGGCGCAAGCUACGCGCUCGCCCUGGUGGUGUGCGCGCCUAAUUACGUGGCGUCUGAGAUUCAGGAGACGUGCGCCAUGGAGGUGCAGCCGCCCGUCAUGGGCUUCGUUCUCGCGUACAAAGUGAGGCCCAGGAACGAGGUGCUCAACCGCGUCAACUUCUGGGUGUACAGCGUCGUCAUCAAGUUACUUCCGUGCGGCAUCCUGGGGCUGCUGAGCGGCCUCUUCGGCGACUGCUUCUUCUUCAAGUGCUACCAGAUCUUCGGCGAGCUGAUGGACGCGCUGGCGCUGCUCAACGGCGCCAUCAACUUCAUCCUCUACUGCUCCAUGUCGCGCCAGUUCCGCACCACCUUCGGCCAGCUCUUCAAGCCGCGCCUGCUCGCCAAGUGGUCCACGCCCUCGCACACCACGGAGGUGCAGAGCACAUACGUGUAACGCCCCACCCCCACCCGCCCACCCAAGCCCGUUCUCCCGUCCUCUCCCUCGUUGACAACCUCGGCGCCGACGCGGAGAGACCGGCAGCCAGCAAACGAAGUCGCGUGUGGUAGGCACCAAGCAAUUGUUAUUUACGUAAAGAUUACCGAAAGGCGAUCUUUGCCAUACGAAUGGAACCGAAUCCGGCAUUUUGAAAUCCGGCAUUAUGUCAAAGACGCUGUUGUACAAGUUGCGUACAUUAGCACUUAUUACGAAUUCAAGGACACUCUUGGGAUUAUUCUCAAAAUGUAAGACGGAAGAUUUGUUGACACAUGCCACCCUAGUGGUUAGUUUACUUUGUUUUAUAUGGCCAUGAUUUCUUUGCGAUAUUAGUAUGGCAAAGUCUACAUUGCUGUACGCGUCAGGUAAAAUGACACUUUCAAUCAAUGAACAGUUUCCAUGCGUGAGUGCUGAACAAGCUGUUUGGAAUGAUAUCUUGUGUCGUAUGGAAUACGAUAACGCAAGUAUGGCAGUCUGUAGGCGGUGUCUACGCUGGCAGUCACUUAAGUUAAAAGUGGGUUAAAAAGUGCUUUUGCGAAACUGGCGCCAAUUUGAUUUUCGUACUAUAUUCAUUAUUUCCAAGCAAAAUGCGCGAGUCGUAUGCAUCAUGUGGCUUUGUAAACUAUUUCACAUAUUUACGAGAAGAUGUACCAUUAUUGAUUGGAUGAUAUAUUCCAUAUUUCAAGCGAAGGAAAUAUUGAAUUUCAUUGAGAAUCUAAUUAACGAAUAUGAAAGCUCGGUAUCGAUGGUUUUUGAGUAGCCGCCAUUACGAAAUACUUUUUCAGAUGUAAAGUGCGUGCAUCUUAGCCGCCAGUGCGGCAAUUCAUUUUGAUGAAUACUAUUUAAUUAAAACUCGAACCUUCCGCAGCUCUUCGGAGCCUUUUCAUCAGAACGACAGAAUGUUUGGUACACGACAUUAGAGUGGCACAUACGGUUCACGUUCCUUUACUCAAAAAUAAACGAAAUAUUAACACAAAAAAUCAUUUCGGUAUCCACUCCCCAAAAGUCGUUUUCAACACGCACAACAAAAAUCCGCCGCGUAAAGGCGACCGACCUCAACAAGUCGAGUUCCACGUGACGGUCUAUCGCCUCCAAUGUUUCUCUGCGGUGCCUGCCACACGCGUGUGGUGUCGCUGGCUACCGGUGCUGGAGGCCGCGCCCGCGCCAGAGCCCUCGCGUGCGCCGCCUCCGCCCCCGGCGCCCUCACACACUCUCCCGUGCGUAGCUGUCACACCCCUGUGAAUAAAUUGUUGAAGUUCUCUGUGCGUAAACGCGUGUAUUUUUUCGUAAUGCUGUGUUGUUAUAUCGACGUAACGCAACCAAUCGGAGAAACGAAAAGCCGCUUUUAACGGCCUGCGUCCGUUAAGGAUUUUACAGUCCGUCGUCCGUUAAGAAGAAUCGAAACAAUAGAUUGGUACGAUGACGUACGAGUGCUCCUACUGCAAGAAAAUGUAUUUCUUGUUUAUAUUUUUUUCUUAUAAGAAGAGGUAUUUCGUAGGUAUUGAAUGAAACACGGCCAAUAACACAUGUAACAGACUCGGUUGGUUAUUUGCUGUUUUUCAGCCUUGUGACGUUAAUAACUAUAAAUAUACCCAAACAAUUUCUCCGGGCAGAUUUCCUAAGAUUUCUCCCGUCGCCCCUGCCUCUCGUUCUAUAUGUGUUACAUCAUUCAUCAUAUCGCCGUCAUUAUCAUCUAAUCAUUUGUUCAAAUUCCUUGAAUAUAGGUCUACAGGUACAGGGAAUAAUAAAAAAUAAAUAAAC